CGUACAGAGCGAGUCCCUGCGGGUUAGGGGCCCCCUCUGGAGUCAUCCUGAUGGCUUUGGGGGCCUUGCUUCCAUUUUCUAUUAUUAUGUGGACUACCGGAGCGACAGCGCAGUCCAAGACCUUGCAGGAUGUCUCGCCGCAAGCAAGCUAAACCAAGAUCUCUGAAAGUAGAAGAAAAUGAGACAGAGGACCAGCACACUACAGCGGGAAGGCCUACCACUCCAAGCGAUCCAGAUAGCAAACUAGGAAAGGCGGCAGAAGAUGGGGAGGAGGGCCUGAAGAAGAGGCUGGUCUCUCAGGAGGAGAGAGAGGACGGGGAGGAGGAGGCCCUGCACAGCUGCGACGGCUGCCUGCAGGUGUUCGAGUCACUGAGCGAUCUCACCGAACACAAGAUUAAUCAAUGCCAGCUGACAGACGGGGCUGAUAUCGAGGAUGACCCCUCCUGCUCUUGGCCCGCCUCUUCUCCUUCCAGCAAAGACCAGACGUCACCGGGCCACGGAGACGGGUACGACUUUGGAGAAGAAGAAGGGGGGCCGGGGCUGCCGUACCCCUGUCAGUUCUGCGACAAGUCGUUCAGCCGCCUCAGCUUCCUGAAGCACCACGAGCAGAGCCACGGUGACAAACUGCCCUUCAAGUGCACCUUCUGCAGCCGCCUCUUCAAGCACAAGCGCAGCCGCGACCGGCACGUCAAGCUGCACACGGGCGACAAGAAGUACCACUGCGGAGAGUGUGACGCCUCCUUCUCUCGCAGCGACCACCUGAAGAUCCACCUGAAGACCCACACCUCCAACAAGCCCUACAAAUGCGCCGUGUGCCGGCGCGGCUUCCUCUCCGCCAGCUCCUUGCACGGCCACAUGCAAGUCCAUGAGCGUCAGAAAGAUGGCGGCCAGGGCCUGUCCAGGAUGGAAGAGUGGAAACUGAAAGAGACGCAAAAGUGCGACCGGUGCGAGGAGGGCUUCGACGUCCCAGAGGAACUGCAGAAACACAUCGCCGAGUGCCACCCGGAGUGCUCCCCGCCCCCAGAGAGGGGGACGCUCCAGUGUAUCUACUGCCCCGAGCUCUUCACUGAGGAGGGUCCUCUGCUGAGCCACAUCGACCAGGAGCACAACAGGGACAAGAAGGGCCACACGUGUACCAUCUGCUCCGAGCACUUCCAUGCUGUAGAGGACCUCUACAGUCACAUGGACGUCCACCAGCAGCCGGAAUCCAGCAACCACAGCAACAGCCCUUCCUUGGUGACGGUGGGGUAUACCUCCGUCUCCAGCACCACCCCGGACUCCAACCUAUCCGUCGACAGCUCCAACAUGGUGGAGGUGGCGCCGCCCUUGCCCAAGACCCGUGGGAGAAAGAGGGCCGCCCAGCACGCGGCCGACCUCAGCGGCCUGUCCUCCAAGCAGGCCAAGAUUACGUACAGCUGCAUCUACUGCAACAAGCAAGUGUUUUCCAGCCUGGCUGUGCUGCAGAUUCACCUCAAGACUAUGCAUCUGGACAAACCGGAGCAAGCCCACACCUGCCAGUGCUGUUUCGAGGUGCUGCCCUCCCUAUAUAACCUGAAUGAGCACCUUAAGCAGGUCCACGAUGCCCAGGACCACAGCACUCUGCUCAGCAGCUUGUCCGCAGCGGUCCUCCAAUGCAACUUCUGCCCCGAGGUGCUCGGAGACCUCAACGCCUUGCAGGAGCACAUCCGCUGCUCGCAUGGGUUCCCCAGCCCUGUCGCCAAAGAGAGCAACGCCUUCUUCUGCCCCCAGUGCUUCAUGGGAUUUCUCACUGAGGCAUCCCUGGAAGAGCACGUGCGGCAGACCCACUGUGACGGGGGCAGCACGCGUUUUGACUCGCCCCUGGCCAGGACCCCCAAAGAGCCCAUCGUAGAGGUGUACUCCUGUUCGUACUGCACUAACUCGCCUAUAUUCAAUAGCAUCCUGAAGCUGAAUAAGCAUAUCAAGGAGAAUCACAAGAACAUCCCGCUCGCUCUUAACUAUAUUAACAAUGGGAAGAAGCCAAACCGGACCCUCAGUCCAUCUUCGCCUAUCUCCGUGGAGCACGGGGCCAUCAAACUUGGGCCUGGUGGCUCUUCGUCCCGUUCGGCAAGUGAGUUCAUCUGCAAUCAGUGCGGCGCCAAGUACUCAAACCUGGACCUGUUUCAGACCCACCUCAAGACGCACCUGGAUAGCGUCCUGCCCAAAAUGACUUGCCCCCAGUGCAACAAGGAGUUUCCCAAUCAGGAGUCCCUACUGAAGCAUGUGACCAUACACUUCAUGAUCACCUCAACCUACUAUAUCUGCGAGAGCUGCGACAAGCAGUUCACCUCGGUGGACGACCUGCAGAAGCACCUUCUCGACAUGCACACCUUCAUCUUCUUCCGCUGCACCCUCUGCCAGGAGGUCUUUGACUCAAAAGUCUCCAUCCAACUACACUUGGCUGUCAAGCACAGCAAUGAGAAGAAGGUCUACCGCUGCACCUCCUGCAACUGGGACUUCCGCCAUGAGUCUGACCUGCAGCUGCACGUCAAGCACAACCACCUGGAGAACCAGGGCAAGGUCCACAAGUGCAUUUUUUGCGGGGAGUCCUUUGGCACGGAGGUGGAGCUGCAGUGCCACAUCACCACCCACAGCAAGAAGUACAACUGCCGCUUCUGCAGCAAGGCCUUCCACGCCAUCGUCCUGCUGGAGAAGCACUUGCGUGAGAAGCACUGCGUCUUCGAGGCCAAGCCCCAGAACUGUGGCGCCAAUGGCUCCGCUGCCGGAGGGGCGGAAGGGCAGGUCGCCAAAGAGGACGCCGAGCUGCAGAGCCUCCUAGCCAACAGCCAUGAGACACACAACAGCCACGACGGCAGCGAGGAGGAUGUCGACACCUCUGAGCCCAUGUACAGUUGCGAUAUCUGCGGGGCGGCCUACACCAUGGACUCCCUGCUGACCAACCACCAGCUGCGCGACCACAACAUCAGGCCCGGGGAGAGCGCCAUGAUGAAGAGGAAGGCCGACAUGAUCAAGGGCAACUACAAGUGCAACGUCUGCUCCCGGACAUUCUUCUCCGAAGCAGGCCUGCGAGAGCACAUGCAGACCCACCUAGGUCCAGUCAAGCACUACAUGUGCCCCAUCUGCGGCGAGCGCUUCCCCUCCCUGCUUACCCUCACUGAGCACAAGGUCACCCACAGCAAGAGCCUGGACACGGGAAACUGCCGCAUCUGCAAGAUGCCCCUCCACAGCGAGGAGGACUUUCUGGAGCACUGCCAGAUGCACCCAGACCUGAGGAACUCCCUGACGGGCUUCCGCUGCGUGGUCUGCAUGCAGACGGUCACGUCCACCCUGGAGCUAAAGAUCCACGGCACCUUCCACAUGCAGAAGACGGGCACUAUGUCUGCCGGUAACCCGACCCCUGUUAGCGGCGGUGGCGGUGGUGGGCGUGUCCACCAUCACCUGCAGAAGCUGUACAAGUGUGCCUCGUGCCUGAAGGAGUUCCGCUCAAAGCUGGACCUGGUCAAGCUGGACAUCAAUGGGUUGCCCUAUGGACUGUGCGCCUCGUGCGUCAGUGACAGCAGCAAGAGCUCCAGCCCGGCGGUUAAUGGCGGCAGGCAGCAGGGGCCGGCAGCUCCAGGGUUGGCACAGGGGGAGGGGCUUAGUCCUGGGGAGGGGAAGGGCAGGACCGCUGGCUCCGCCCCCUCCUCCAAAACACGGUGCUCUAGCUGCAACGUCAAGUUUGAGUCAGAAGUGGAGCUUCAGAACCACAUCCUGACCGUCCACAGGGAUGCAAUUGGAGAGAGUGGGCAGCUCAGGACUCCCCAGGCCUCCCCAGUUUCCAGAGUGAGCCCCUUACAGGGAGAUGAGAAGAAGACUUACCAGUGUAUUAAGUGUCAGAUGGUCUUCUACAGUGAAUGGGACAUUCAAGUUCACGUGGCAAAUCACAUGCUCGCAACAACCCCACAGACCUUCAAAGGGGAACUUUUCACACCAAAUCACAUGACAGAGGAGGGUCUGAACCACGAGUGCAAGCUCUGCAGCCAGACAUUCGACUCCCCGGCCAAACUGCAGUGCCACCUGAUCGAGCACAGCUUUGAGGGAAUGGGCGGGACCUUCAAGUGCCCUGUCUGCUUCACAGUCUUUGUCCAGGCGAGCAAGCUGCAGCAGCAUAUUUUCUCAUCUCAUGGUCAGGAGGACAAAAUCUACGACUGCUCCCAGUGUCCACAGAAGUUCUUCUUCCAGACAGAGCUACAGAACCACACCAUGAGCCAGCACAGCAGCUAAUCCUCUCCCGGAGCCCAACUCUUCUGGAGGACUUCUGAGAAGGCAUCGAAGUGGGGGGAAGAAUGAACAAGAUGGCCCAUUACCAUGGGUGUCUUUCUUAUUCUUUGCACGGAACUUUCAUUGCAAUUGUACACGAGAAAGAAAAACCGCGUAUGGUAACAAAAAAAAACUAAAAACUAUUAUCUUUAAAAGAAUGCAAAGCAGGGGUCAGAAAAAAAAAAAAAACCUUUGGACAGUGUGUAUUUUCCGUUAUUUUUUAAGCAUCAGGCUGACUUGUAAAUAGAAGUACUCCGCGUGUUGUUGAACUCCAGCUACCGAGCAGUUAUACUAUGCCCCUGGUUCAGAGCUGAAAGCGCCCCUUUCCGAGGAAUGUCCUCACCAGUCAGGAAAGGAGCGGGAUUCCCCUAUUUGGGAACGGACUGGCGUGGGUGCGGCGGGAGGGCGCCGAUUCCGACAAAGGAAGGCUGUGGGUGUCCCGUCCGUGACGGCGUUCCUGUCGGACAUCGGGUUGAUCAGAGAUCGGCUUGUUUCGGGGCAGAACGCUUUGAUGUAUGGCUCAGUUGUAGAUCCUCUGAAAGUCCCACAAGAAAAGAAAAAAAAAAAAAAGAAAAGGGGAAAAAAGAGAUGACCUCAUGCAUAAAUCUCAUUAUUGCAGAGGGGAGGCCAGACGAGAAAAGUGGAUUAUUUAAUGCGGUCUGUCGAUGUGCAGAGUUCAAACAAAAAAGCAUUCCCAUAUAUGCAAUAGUGAUGACACAGAUUGGAAACACAUCUUUUUCUUGUGGAAACGGUCUGACUCGUAAGCCUACCUUAAUAAUCCCGGCACAGAGAAAUCUCAAGUCAAUUAAGCCAACCUGUAUGUUACUGUUAUUAAUGUUUACUCUCUAGCCUGGACCUGGAGAUUACUGGAAUUGUUUUUUUGCAAUAGGAAAUAAAUCCAAUUUACCUUCAGGUACUAGAGUGUGCUUUUAUUUCUUCCUCUUCAAUUUUGAUGAUGUAAUUACAAAACCCUGUCCUUCUUUGCACUCUUGGAUUUAGUUCCAGUCCUCUACCCUCUUGGCUUUUGUGACAUUCCAUUUCUCCUUUGGAAGCUGUAAGCUGUAAGCUGUAAGCAGAGAUAUCACAUUCCAUUAUUUAAGAUUUUAGUAUUAUUUGAUCUUGAGACGCACUUUUAUAUGGAAGCAUAAUGUCUGACAUUUUGAAAUCUUUUCAUUUUUCGGAUAACUGGAACUAUCCUCUGCGGCAGGACUUUGGAAUAUAAAAAAAAUGUUAUUAAAUAUGUAAUGUACAAAUAUGGACAAAGUUCUGCAUUUGGCAGAACUCAUUUUUUGUGUUGCACAUG